CAGCAUUCCUGUCAUUCACGUACACCGACACACGAGAAUAAAUCCUCAGAAGCCCCUCAGGCUGUUCCUGCCACCUUUAAUGGGUUUAAUGCCAGAAGUUCUUCAAAUCUCUCUUCCAGGCUUAUUCUAGUAGAACUAUAUGAUCUUAUUUAACCCACCGGGACUUUAGAUGCUGAUAACCAGGAUAUACGACAUGACUUUUCGGGCAUUUUCACUUGUUGUUCUUGCUUUUUUAAGCUUCUCAACCGUCUGCAGCAGGACAGCAGGUGUCCACUUACGCAACAUGGAGAGCUUCAUCCAAGCUGUGCAGCAGGUUGAAGACUUCUACCCUGGUCUGUCACCUCUGGCUCUGGUUAGAGCUCUGCGGAGGACCGCCGGCCAUGACGAUCCGAUGACCAUCCAUUUCCUGGGAGCGUCAUAUAACCUGAGUGAAACAGAAGGCUUAGAGGGAUGCAUCCUAAAUACCACAUCCUUCAGCUUCUUUGACAAGGCUAUCCACCACAUAGUGACUGACCAUGGAGAGGAGAGGGGGGUGGUCCUCGCUCCUGACGGCACCACAGUCGCUCUGGCUCCUCUACUUUUAGGGAUUGAAUCGGGACUGAAAGCCAAGAUGGAGGGAACGGAAGCUCUUGGGAUCUUCGCUUUAACCCUUGGCAGGACGCUGGGCCUGUCAUUCCUCAGCCUCCAGGACAUCCCACCAUCUCUGCGUCUGGGGCCCAACGGCUGCUGGGACAGCGUGGAGCAGCCGAAGGUGUUUAAGCUGUCUCGUCCUGCUACUCUUGCCACUGACGCUCUAAUCAACGGUGGCAUGGAUGGAGUUAUACUGGGCAUGCACCUCAGCAACUUACCGGCAUCAGAGGAGCCCCCGGCCCUCAGUGAGCUCCUAACAGGGUACUAUAUUUUCACUCUGACUGAGAAACAGGGCAUUGAUGCUGUGACCGCUCACAUUAGUCCACGGAGAAGGGAGCUUUCAAGGUCACUCCUGGAGCCGCUCGACCUCCACACGUCAGUGAUGACGACGCUAGCGUUGGUCUGGAAGCUGGAGAACACAGAAUGGAUUGCUCAGGACACUGGUCUGGAGAAGGUGGUGCAGGAUGGAUUGCAGACGUUUACGCACAAAUACUUUGAUUGUCCUCAGAUCAUCCCUCGCUGUCAGUGGGGAGCAAAAGCUCACAAGAAUAUUCCCAUUCCUCUCUCUCUCCCCCUUGGGUUUCUCUACGUUCACCAUACCUAUCAGCCUUCAUCGCCAUGUUUGUCCUUCUCAUCUUGCUCCCGUAACAUGAGGUCCAUGCAACGUUUUCACCAAGAAGAUCGAGGAUGGAACGACAUUGGCUAUAGUUUCGUAGUUGGAUCCGAUGGUUACAUCUACGAAGGAAAGGGGUGGAGCCACGUCGGCAGACACACCAGGGGACACAACGCUGUCGGCUACGGCGUGUCAAUCAUCGGAAACUACACGGCCGCGCUGCCUUCUCGCUACGCCAUGGACCUGCUGCGUCAUCGGUUGGUGCGAUGUGCUGUGAACGGAGGAGCCCUCACAGCUAACUUCACCAUCCAAGGCCACAGACAGGUGGUGAACUACACCUCCUGUCCUGGAGACGCCUUGUUUUCAGAGAUAAGAAGCUGGGAACAUUUUAGGGAAUGAUGGGAACCGUCGCCAUUGCUGCUGAGAUUCUUAAACAUCUGUUUGGUUCCUGACUGGUUUUGAUGAAUGUGAACUGGUUAAUUUAACACAGUUUAAUAAAGACCCAAGCAGUUUAAACUAGUUUGGAAAUAUAGGACGGUAACACUUUGCUGAAAGUGGAGCAGAAAAGGAAAAAGAUUACCAUGUGAUUUAAUGCAAUGUUACUUUCCAAAUGCAGAUGAAUAAAGGAUCAAUCUUC